GCGCUCUGUCAACUUUCAGUUUAUAAAUUACAUUUAACCCAAGCUACUAUACCAGGAACAACACAAUAGAGGAAUCCAGCACUACCGUUUGGAACCAAUAUCGGGAUCUUUGCAUAGAUUAAAGAACAAAAGCACCAUUAGUUUUGAGCAGUAUAUGUAACAGAAAUCAUGGAGGAUGAAAGUUCAGAUGAAGAAUUUUCUGCUAUGAGAUUACCAAGUCUGAUAGAUAUGUUGAAGAGAUUACUGGAACAAUAUUCAGGUGGACAAAUACUAAAGGAAUUAAUACAAAACGCUGAAGAUGGUGGAGCUACUAAAGUUAAAGUCAUGUUUGUAAAUAAACACAAUCAGCCAUCAACAACUUUACAAAUGUGGAAAGAAAAUCCAAUACAAUUUGCCAUGAAGGAACCAGCACUGUGUGUAUAUAACGAUGGAAUAUUUACUAAAGAAGACUGGGAUGGUAUAGCUGCUAUACAGUGUAGCGGGAAAGAAAAUGAACCCCUUAAAGUUGGACGAUUUGGACUUGGAUUUAAAUCAGUUUUUCAUAUUACUGAUACUCCCCUCAUACUAAGUGGAAAUAAACUGAUGAUAAUAAACCCAACGGCUAAUGUUUAUGAUGUUGUUAUCACCAAAAAACUCAGAAAAAUAGAUGAAAAAAGUAAAAAGGAAAUGCUCAAAUUAAUGUCUGGAAUAUUUGGAUUUUCACCAGAAGUCUUUCACCUUCAAGAUGGUUUCAAUGGCACAAUAUUUUGGUUUCCACUGAGAACUGUUGAGUCAGAUUUGUGUAAAACCAUUUAUGAUGAGAAAAAAAUUCGUGACAUUUUUCAUGGCUUCACAUCACUUGCACCAUCAAUUCUACUGUUCUUAAAGAAGAUCGAAAGUAUAGAAAUUUACGAGAAGAAGUCUACGAUCCAGAAAUUGUUUGAAGUUUGUCUUGACGGUGAUGAUUUGUUAACGUUAAGACAAGAGAGGAAAGGCUUUGUACAGGAUAUAGAACGCUUCAAUGGACAGUUUGCUUCUCAACCAAUUAAAAAUAUUUUAAGACCAAAAGUGAGAUCUGAAGGAUUUAAUUGGCUAAAAAAGGAAACCUCAGAAGACGAGUGGUUAGUUAUCAAUCAUUAUCAUGGUGGUCAUGUUAGUGCUGAAUUAAAGGAACUUGUUGAAGAUGACGAUUGGCCUUAUAGUCCUUAUGUAAGUAUCGCAGCAUGCUUGUCUAAACCAAUCACAAAAGGACACGUUUUCUGUUUCUUACCUUUACCUUUAGAAGGUCAGAGUUUAACUGGUUUACCAGUGCAUGUUAAUGGAUUCUUUGCUUUGAGCCAAGACCGCCACCAUGUAAGAUGGAACACUUCUGAACAAGAUAGAAACAACAGCCACACAGAAAAAUCAAUCCUCUGGAACCAAUAUCUGGUAAAAGAAAUUCUACCACAAGUCUACACCAACCUGAUAUUACAGCUUAUAGAUGAUGAAAAGAUCAGGUCACUGCCAUUAACCAGUUCAGAAAGAAGUCAAAGAGCAGAUGUAGUUUAUAGAACUUUACCAAACAGUAAAACUGUAACAGAAAAUUGGAAAAAUUUAAUUGAUCCUAUUUUCCAAAAGUUGUAUUCUACAGCAUGUAUAUUCACUAAACGAAAUGGAGGAAUAUGGGCAAAACCACAAAAUACAAUCUUUACAAAACCUCAAGACGAAAAUAUGGUAGAUUCAGUUGAGCAUACUUAUCUUCUUUGUGGUAGAAAUAUCUCAAGGCCUCCCAAGUUUAUUUUAGAUGCAUUUCGAAAACAUGGGCCAAUAAACUUUAUUUCUGCUGAACAUUUAAGAGAAGAACUCUUACAGCAUCCAGGAGUUUACAGCCAAAUUGACUUAAAGGUCAAAUUAAAUCUGCUUCAUUAUAUUUUGGACAAUAAUGUUAAUUGCUUACAAGGUUUAUCGCUUCUACCGCUAGAAGAUGGUAAUUUCUCUACGUUUACAACUGGACGUACUGAAACAGUGUAUAUUUUUAAGGAUGUUGAUGACAUGAAGAUGUUUCCUGGACUAGAAUCCCUUUUUGUCAAAUCAGAGAUAGGAUCAGAUUUAUAUCACAUGAUUUCCUCUAAAACAGACUAG